AACACUGGCCUAAUAUUUAAAUAUUAACACUGGCCUAAUAUUUAAAUGUUAACAUUGGCCUAAUAUUUAAAUGUUAAUAUUAACACUGGCCUAAUAUUUGUAUAUCAGAGAAGUAAAAGAUCGGACCCAUGUUGCUAGUAGCUGUUUCUCAACGUAAAGGGCAGCAACAACCAGCACCAAACACAGUCAACACCAGGUACAAGGCUGAUGUAUCUACAAUGUUCCAGCAGUAGUGGCUAUCAUGAAAGUGCUAAAUAAGUACAUUCAAUGAACCUUUUGCAGAACUUGAAAUUGAUGUGAAAGCCCAGGGAGUACAGGUUACAGACUUGGAAAUGUCACCAACUGACAUGGGCGAUUGGGUUACUGGGCUGGAGAAGACUCAGGAGUCCCUCACCAACUGACAUGGGUACUGGAGAAGACUCAGGAAUCCCUCACCAACUGACAUGGGUACUGGAGAAGACUCAGGAGCCCCUCACCAACUGACAUGGGUACUGGAGAAGACUCAGGAAUUACCUCACCAACUGACAUGGGUACUGGAGAAGAUUCAGGAGUCCCUCACCAACUGACAUGGGUACUGGAGAAGACUCCGGUACUGGAGAAGACUCAGGAGUCCCUCACCAACUGACAUGGGUACUGGAGAAGACUCGGGAAUCCCUCACCAACUGACAUGGGUACUGGAGAAGACUCAGGAGUCCCUCACCAACUGACAUGGGUACUGGAGAAGACUCGGGAAUCCCUCACCAACUGACAUGGGUACUGGAGAAGACUCAGGUACUGGAGAAGACUCGGGAAUCCCUCACCAACUGACAUGGGUACUGGAGAAGACUCAGGUACUGGAGAAGACUCAGGAAUCCCUCAGCAACUGGCAUGGGUACUGGAGAAGACUCAGGAAUCCCUCACCAACUGACAUGGGUACUGGAGAAGACUCAGGAGUCCCUCACCAACUGACAUGGGUACUGGAGAAGAUACCAAACCAUCAAGAUACCAAACCAUCAAAAUCACAGGCCUGCCUGAGAUAGUGAAACUACCACAGGCUACCACCUUUACUGCUAAUCUGUUGAUGGAGAUCUUGAGGGAGGAGUUGCAGUCACAGUCACCUGAGGUUGCCGGUGAGGUUCCAUCAAUACUCAGUGAAGGAUAGUGUCCUCCACUCAGCAACAGAAAAACUCUUGAGUUCCAAGGGUCUGAACUCCGGCUGAUCCCUAGCUACUACAGCGAGGUGACCAAGGACCGGCCAGCUACUACAGCAAGGUGACCAUGGACCGGGCUGCUACUACAGCAAGGUGACCAUGGACCGGGCUGCUACUACAUAAGGUGACCAAGGACCGGGCUGCUACUACAGCAAGGUGACCAAGGACCGGCCAGCUACUACAGCAAGGUGACCAAGGACCAGCCAGCUACUACAGCAAGGUGACCAAGGACCGGCCAGCUACUACAGCUAGGUGACCAUGGACCGGGCUGCUACUACAGCUACUACAGCAAGGUGACCAAGGACCGGGCUGCUACUACUGCAAGGUGACCAAGGACCGGCCAGCUACUACAGCAAGGUGACCAAGGACCGGCCAGCUACUACAGCAAGGUGACCAAGGACCGGCCAGCUACUACAGCAAGGUGACCAAGGACCGGGCUGCUACUACAGCAAGGUGACCAAGGACCGGGCUGCUACUACAGCAAGGUGACCAUGGACCGGGCUGCUACUACAGCAAGGUGACCAUGGACCGGGCUGCUACUACAGCAAGGUGACCAUGGACCGGGCUGCUACUACAGCAAGGUGACCAAGGACCGGCCAGCUACUACAGCAAGGUGACCAAGGACCGGGCUGCUACUACAGCAAGGUGACCAUGGACCGGGCUGCUACUACAUAAGGUGACCAAGGACCGGCCAGCUACUACAGCAAGGUGACCAAGGACCGGCCAGCUACUACAGCAAGGUGACCAAGGACCGGGCUGCUACUACAGCAAGGUGACCAAGGACCAGCCAGCUACUACAGCAAGGUGACCAUGGACCGGGCUGCUACUACAUAAGGUGACCAAGGACCAGCCAGCUACUACAGCAAGGUGACCAUGGACCGGGCUGCUACUACAUAAGGUGACCAAGGACCAGCCAGCUACUACAGCAAGGUGACCAUGGACCGGGCUGCUACUACAUAAGGUGACCAAGGACCGGCCAGCUACUACAGCGAGGUGACCAAGGACCGGGCUGCUACUACAGCGAGGUGACCAAGGACCGGGCUGCUACUACAGCAAGGUGACCAUGGACCGGGCUGCUACUACAGCGAGGUGACCAAGGACCGGGCUGCUACUACAGCAAGGUGACCAAGGACCGGGCUGCUACUACAGCGAGGUGACCAAGGACCGGGCUGCUACUACAGCAUGGUGACCAUGGACCGGGCUGCUACUACAGCUACUACAGCAAGGUGACCAAGGACCGGGCUGCUACUACAUAAGGUGACCAAGGACCGGGCUGCUACUACAGCUACUACAGCAAGGUGACCAUGGACCGGGCUGCUACUACAUAAGGUGACCAAGGACCGGGCUGCUACUACAUAAGGUGACCAAGGACCGGGCUGCUACUACAUAAGGUGACCAAGGACCGGCCUGCUACUACAGCAAGGUGACCAUGGACCGGGCUGCUACUACAGCUACUACAGCAAGGUGACCAAGGACCGGGCUGCUACUACAGCAAGGUGACCAAGGACCGGGCUGCUACUACAGCAAGGUGACCAUGGACGGGGCUGCUACUACAGCUACUACAGCAAGGUGACCAUGGACCGGGCUGCUACUACAGCAAGGUGACCAAGGACCGGGCUGCUACUACAGCUACUACAGCAAGGUGACCAUGGACCGGGCUGCUACUACAGCAAGGUGACCAUGGACCGGGCUGCUACUACAGCGAGGUGACCAAGGACCGGGCUGCUACUACAGCGAGGUGACCAUGGACCGGGCUGCUACUACAGCUACUACAGCAAGGUGACCAUGGACCGGGCUGCUACUACAGCUACUACAGCAAGGUGACCAAGGACCGGCCAGCUACUACAGCUACUACAGCAAGGUGACCAAGGACCGGCCAGCUACUACAGCUACUACAGCAAGGUGACCAAGGACCGGCCAGCUACUACAGCUACUACAGCAAGAUAACCAAGGACCGGCCAGCUACUACAGCGAGGUGACCAAGGACCGGCCAGCUACUACAGCAAGGUAACCAAGGACCGGCCAGCUACUACAGCAAGGUGACCAAGGACCGGCCAGCUACUACAGCUACUACAGCAAGGUGACCAAGGACCGGCCAGCUACUACAGCAAGGUAACCAAGGACUGGCCAGAUACUACAGCUACUACAGCAAGGUGACCAAGGACCGGCCAGCUACUACAGCGAGGUGACCAAGGACCGGCCAGCUACUACAGCGAGGUGGCCAAGGACCGGCCAGCUACUACAGCGAGGUGGCCAAGGACCGGCCAGCUACUACAGCGAGGUGACCAAGGACCGGCCAGCUACUACAGCAAGGUGACCAAGGACCGGCCAGCUACUACAGCUACUACAGCAAGAUAACCAAGGACCGGCCAGCUACUACAGCUACUACAGCGAGGUGACCAUGGACCGGCCAGCUACUACAGCAAGGUAACCAAGGACCGGCCAGCUACUACAGCAAGGUGACCAAGGACCGGCCAGCUACUACAGCUACUACAGCAAGGUGACCAAGGACCGGCCAGCUACUACAGCAAGGUAACCAAGGACUGGCCAGAUACUACAGCUACUACAGCAAGGUGACCAAGGACCGGCCAGCUACUACAGCGAGGUGACCAAGGACCGGCCAGCUACUACAGCGAGGUGGCCAAGGACCGGCCAGCUACUACAGCGAGGUGGCCAAGGACCGGCCAGCUACUACAGCGAGGUGACCAAGGACCGGCCAGCUACUACAGCAAGGUGACCAAGGACCGGCCAGCUACUACAGCGAGGUGACCAAGGACCGGGCUCCUACUACAGCUACUACAGCAAGGUGACCAAGGACCGGCCAGCUACUACAGCGAGUUGACCAAGGAUCGGCCAGCUACUACAGCGAGGUGACCAAGGACUGGGCUGCUACUACAGCUACUACAGCGAGGUGACCAAGGACCGGCCAGCUACUACAGCAAGGUGACCAAGGACCGGGCUGCUACUACAGCUAUCACAGCGAGGUGACCAAGGACCGGGCUGCUACUACAGCUACUACAGCAAGGUGACCAUGGACCGGCCAGCUACUACAGCAAGGUGACCAAGGACCGGCCAGCUACUACAGCGAGGUGACCAAGGAUCGGCCAGCUACUACAGCGAGGUGACCAAGGACCGGGCUGCUACUACAGCUGCUACAGCGAGGUGACCGAGGACCGGGCUGCAUUCUAUGAGCUGUACAACAAGGGGAUGAGUGGAGGGAAGAAGAGGAGUGGCUUCCAGAUUACCAGUGUGACUUCAGACUACACUCAGAGCUCCGGGGAAGCCCCACCCCCUGCCCAGGCCUCUAGCCAAUCAAAUCCCUCCCCUCCGUCCUCCAGCCAAUCCACUGCUUCCUCCCAGCCUGGCCCCUUCCACCAGCAGGGAAGCACCUCCCAGCCGACGACUCCCCUCUCGCUGAGGAAAUGCAACUCCCAAGAUGCCACGGGACAGGGAUCCAGGUUCCGUGUCGUCCGAUUGGGCCAGGGCCACGGAGAACCCUAUCACCGGGGGCGAUGGACCUGCACUGACUUCCUGGAACGAGAGGAAGGGUUGGGGCUUAGACGGGUGAUUGACAGCAUGAGACACGCCCACUCUCUAGAGUCGCUUGAGGGGAUUGGUCUAGAGAGGGGAGGGGCUGCAGGCGGGCUGCUGGGGAACGUGCGUGCGCUCAGAACGGGACAACUUGUGCACUCUCAGGGUACCUCCCACUUGCUGGCCCAGCCAAUAGGGUCAGAUGGGGAGAGGUUUGGAGGGCUGAAGCCCCUCCUCCUCCACAGCGGCCCGUCCUCCCCCACACACCUGGACAGACUCCACUUACGAUUGGUCAACUCCACGCCCCCUCCACCCAGCCCCCGCCCACGGAACAUCCCCCCUCCUCUACGCCUGGAUGUGGACGCUACCGGGAGGUCCCUGUUGAGAGUGUCUAAUUCCCAGCCCAGCUCCCCCCUACAGGAUAGAGAUGGUGUGUUCCCACCCAGUUUGACACCCAUCCAGACUCCUUCGGGCUGGUCCAUGUUCGGCUCCGGGGGGGGCUUCCAUCUGCCGGGGGAUGACAGUGGGUCGAGCAGCAGCAUGAUCGCAAUAGACAACAAGAUAGAGCAGGCAAUGGACCUUGUAAAGACCCACCUGAUGCUGGCGGUCAGAGAGGAAGUGGAGUUGCUAUGGGAACAGAUUAAAGAACUAUCAGAAAGGAACGCCCAGCUGGAGAGAGAGAACUAUAUCCUGAGAACUCUGAGAGACUGACAACAGCAACAGCCAUGUUACGCUCCUGCAGUGGUCCUUCCAGAAUACAUACAGCAUUACUGAUCCUCUCUAACUGCAGAAAACAAGAAUAAAUAACUUACUAAAAACC